UGGACCACAGGGAAGGGGUAGUGGGCCCAAUACUGCGAUAGCUCACUAAACGGGCCGCUGAGGGCCCAUUAAAGAGGGCAUCAAAAUGACGCUUAUGCCCCCAGAGCUGGCAACAUUAUUUUUCAUUUCGUACACAUCUUUUAAUUUCUUUUCAAUAAUUCCUGCCACUGACACCGUAGUGAAAUCGCGUAAUAAAAUGAUGGGUUGAGACUUAAGAAUGAUCCUCAACCGUAGAUCAUAGGCCGUACAGAGCACUCCGAUCCGACGGCUGAUAUCGCAGAAACCGCCAUUUCUUUGUUCUUGCUGCUGCUGAACGUCACCAUUUUAGUCUUCAGUUGAGCUUCUAAGAAAAGAAUCUCUCUGUAUCUGUAUAUUUAACACACUCAAGAUCUCCUCAUCUUUUCCAUCUUUUCCGUCUUUGAUCAUCUUCCCAUUCUUUCUUUCUUUCACCGCCAUUCUUGCUCGAAAGUGAAGGUGAAGAAAGCGUCUUCAGAAAGUUCAUCUUCAUCACUCGGUCUUUUGUCCAUAAUUUUUCCAGAAGAAGGUGGAGACGUGGUAGAUUUGAAGUUCGGUGCUGCGAUUCUAGCAGAUCGAGUCGAUAUGAUUGAAGGGGAAAAAAGAGGAUAAAAGGACGACAAAGAAAAGCUUCUUUCAAAGUGCAUGACACAGUGAUACAUCAGAUCUGGUUAAGUGAAAAAGUAAAAGCGCUUCCUGCAUUCAAGGAUAUAACUUAGCAAAAUUUCAAGUUGAGAUAAUCAGUUGUUUGGUUUUGUGCUGAAGAGAUUAGAGAUUCUAGCUUUGUAGACUGCAAAUAGUUUCUGAUGGAUGAGUAUUCCAGUAAAAGAGUUCAUAUGGGAAUUGUUUCUAGGAAGGGACCUGGUGUAGUUUUGAGGGAUAACGUGAAGAACAGGGAUCAAAGUAACCGAUAUGGCAACCGUCUUGGCUGCACUGGUAGGGUAUGCACCACUAGUGGUGUACAAGUUGGCUGUUCGAAUAAAACCAGCUCAAAAAGGCCAUUCCGCAGCUCAAGCGGUAAAGAAGUUCUUGGAAGUUCCUCAAAGAGUUCCUCUGCAAUCAGAAAUCUCAGGAAAUCCUUUCCAGAGCCUUUUGCAAAGCUAUCAUCUAAGCUUGAAACAGAUUCUUCUGAAAAUGAUAGCAUUCAAGAUGACUUGGAAGAACUGGAGUUUAUCUCACCUCCUGUAUUGUUCCAUACAGGGCUUCAAGUAAAAUCUGAAAGUUCGUUGCCUGCUGAUACUUUGUUGAUGGAAAGGGGAAGUUGCAGUACAGACGCUAACACUGAAUCUAAGAGAAACUCUGUUCAAAGAUUUGAAGUGGACAAUCAAGAUUCUCAUGCAUCCAUGCAACCUAGAAGUCUUUGCCAGACAUCAAAUGGUGGUAACAGUAGGUACAGUUCAAGAAGCCUCCCUUGUGAUUCAGUAUCUGAAAUAAUUCCAUCAGAUGGUUCUUUGCUGGAGCGAAACCUUGUGAGAAGGAAGAAUGUAACAAAGAAAAUGAUAUAUGAUGGUGAGAAUAGUUCCCAUUCUCGUGGAAAGAAGGUGGGUGGAACUUCCCGGGGGCAGAAUUGUGUUUCCCGGCACGGCAUCUUUAUUUCUGAUCAACGACCAGGUCGAAACGUAUUUCACAGACAAAAUGUUCUUUCAUCAUAUGGGACUCGAAGUUUGACAAGUGUAUGCAGUGGGGCAAGGCAUUCAUAUCAAAGCAAUAGUGAUAAUCUGUCAUCGCAGGAUUCACUAGCGAUGAAUUCUUGGAUGCCUCAAUCUAAUAUCUCCAGCUCCUCAAAUGCUUUUAGUUCACUUCAGUCAUCUUCAGAAUCACACUCCAGGCACCGCAUGACUUAUCCCGAACCAGAGGACUAUAGUCAAAGUAUACAUGACAUUGGACGAGCCACCCCUACAGAAGCUGAUAUUUCCAGCACUUUGACAAAUCUGAACAGUUUUAGAUGCCACAAUGGAAUUGCAGAGGUACUAUUGGCGUUGGAGAGGAUUGAACAGGAGGAAGAGCUCACUUACGAGCAAGCCAUUCUUCUGGAGACGAGUAUGUUUCUCAAUAGCCUAAACAUCAAUGAUCAGCAUAGAGACAUGAGACUCGACAUUGAUAACAUGACAUAUGAGGAACUUUUAGAUUUAGAAGAGAGAAUGGGGACUGUGAGCACAGCACUAUCUGAAGAAGCCCUGACAGAAUGCCUUGAUACAAGCAUUUAUCAGUCUAAACCAGGAGGAAGAGCAGCCACGGGCUCUAUCGAGGAGUUGAGCGACAUCAAAUGUUGUAUUUGUCAGGAAGAAUAUUUGAUAGGAGAUGAAGUUGGGAGACUGCAAUGUGAGCAUAAGUAUCACGUAGCUUGUAUUCAACAAUGGUUGAGGUUGAAGAACUGGUGUCCUAUUUGUAAAGCAUCAGCAGCCAGCCAGCAGCUUCACCCUUUCAAAUGACAUAAGAUAACUGCAGACAGAUAGUGUGCCCACUUUCUUCAAAUUUACAACUCUCUGUCUGCAACUUCAUGUUUGUUUGUACAGAAUAGAUUUGUUUCAUCCCAAUUGACCAACAAACUCAAGCAGUUUUAUCUGAACUCUCAAUUGAAUUGUGAAUCAAAAUUGUCCAUAAGUUGAUGCUUUUGAUAAAAGGGUCUCUUAAGUUGAUGCU